AAUCUUUUGAUUCUGUUUCUUCUCCAUUUCUUCUAAGUCUUAUUUUAUCCUCUCAAAUUCGCUGUCAAACCUUAAACUCCCUAUUAUUUUACUCGCACUUCUCCAUGUUUUAAGAAUCUUGUUUUGAAUCUACAUGAAAGCUUUGCUCGUAAUAAAUUCAACAAACCCGUUGACUCUGCAAAAAUCCUCAUGUGCUAAGUUCCAAGUAAGUGUAUAUGUAGCUUUUUUGCUCACCCAGAAAAGAAUAAAACAUCAUCUUGUUUUGGGUUCGGUCCAAUUCUUGAAUCUUGAAACAGGGUUGUGUUCUCUUGAACUCUCUGUAACUAUUUGAAAAUGGCGGAUAGAUACGAAAACCAAGUUCCUGAGAAGCUUCAGGGGAAGUUUCAAGCAACGGUUGUUUGCUGUAUUCUUGGAAUCGGAGCUCUUGUUUCUUGGAACAGUAUGCUCACUAUCGCAGAUUACUACUACCAAGUUUUCCCGGAUUAUCAUCCUUCAAGGGUACUUACACUUGUAUACCAACCUUUUGCGCUAGGAACAAUCGUGAUCCUCGCAUACCACGAAUCAAAAAUCAAUACCCGUACACGUAACCUCUUUGGUUACAUUCUAUUCACAAUAUCCACGUUCUUGCUGAUAGUCUUGGAUUUGACCACAAAAGGACGCGGUGGAAUUGGACCGUAUAUCGGUUUAUGCGUAAUCGUUGCUUCUUUUGGCCUCGCGGAUGCUACCGUUCAAGGAGGAAUGAUCGGUGAUUUAUCAUUGAUGUGCCCUGAAUUCAUCCAGUCAUUCAUGGGCGGCUUGGCUGUAGCUGGUGCUCUUACUUCAGCGCUUAGACUAAUAACUAAAGCAGCCUUUGAGAACUCAAACGACGGUCAACGGAAAGGAGCAAUGAUAUUCUUAGCAAUCUCAACAUUCAUAGAGUUCCUCUGCGUGAUGCUUUAUGCUUACGUGUUCCCCAAACUUCCAAUCGUUAAGUAUUACCGAAGAAAAGCCGCUUCUGAAGGAUCUAAAACUGUUUCUGCUGAUCUUGCAGCUGCUGGUAUCCAAAACCAAUCAGAUUUGAGUAAUGAUGAUUCCAAGAACCAACGGCUAAGUAACAAAGAGCUAUUGCUUCAAAACAUAGACUAUGCAGUGAAUCUCUCCCUCAUCUACGUUUUGACAUUAUCCAUUUUUCCCGGGUUCUUAUACGAGAACACGGGACAACACGGGCUAGGCGCUUGGUACGCGCUUGUGCUAGUAGCUAUGUACAACUGUUGGGAUUUGGUCGGGAGGUACACGCCGCUGGUGAAAUGGCUCAAAAUUGAGAACCGAAAAGGACUUACUUUUGCGGUUUUGUCGCGUUUCCUCCUCAUUCCUGCGUUCUACUUCACCGCAAAAUAUGGCGAUCAAGGAUGGAUGAUUAUGCUCGUUUCUGUUUUGGGAUUAAGUAAUGGACAUCUCACUGUUUGCAUUCUCACCGCAGCUCCUAAAGGCUACAAGGGUCCGGAGCAGAAUGCGUUAGGGAACUUGCUGGUGAUAUUUCUGCUAGGAGGAAUAUUUGCAGGAGUUGCAUUGGAUUGGUUAUGGCUUAUUGGUAAGAAGAAUGCGUUUUGAUUCAUUUACUCAUCAUCAUCAUCUCUCCACACCAAUCAUUCAGUUACUUAAUUGGAGAUUAAUCUGUUUUCUUUUUUCAUUAGCCCCAAAAAAAAAAUAUUAUUUGCUUGUAACCUGCAUGUGUUCUUAUCAUUUAGACGAGAGGAUAUUUAACUACAUUUACUACGUA